GUCUCAAGCACCGGCGUGAGGUGGCAGGGAAGAGCGCCAUAUUCAGCGGGGAGCACUUCGUCCUGGAGGAGACCGACUGGUACCUGCUCAACCUCUUCCGGCUCUGGUGGCACUAUGGCAUCAGCUUCCUGCGCCUGCAGAUGUGGGUGGAGGAGGUGAUGGAGAAGUUCAUGAGAAUCUACAAAUACCAGGCGCACGGCUACGCCUUCUCCAGCCUGGAGGAGCUGCUGCGCUCACUGGGGGGUGAUGCAUUCGUCAACAUGACACAGCGCUCGGUGGCCGAGUCCUUGCUGGAGGUGGGCGUCACGCAGCGCUUCGUGGACGACGUCAUCGCGGCUGUCCUGCGCUCCAGCUACGGGCAGUCGGUGCUGGUGCCUGCCUUCGCAGGAGCCAUGUCGCUGGCGGGGGCCCAGGGCAGCACCUGGGCAGUGGAAGGAGGCAACAAGCUGGUGUGUUCGGGUCUGCUGAAGCUGACCAAAGCCAAUGUCAUCCCAGCCAGGGUGACGGGCAUCUCUCUGCACAGCUCGGAGGGGAGAGCCCUGUACCAGGUGCACUACGAGGGCAGUGAAGGCCAGGGCUCAGCUUUCUACGACAUGGUGGUUGUGACGACUCCCCUGCACCCCAGCAGGAGCAACUUCACCUUCGAGAACUUUGAGCCACCCAUCGCAGACUUCCCCGGAGCCUUCCAGCCCUCGGUCACCUCUGUGGUACAUGGCUACCUCAACUCCUCCUACUUCGGCUUCCCCGACCCCAAGCUCUUCCCCUUCGCCAGCAUUCUCACCACCGACACCCCCGACCUCUUCUUCAACGCCAUGGACAACAUCUGUCCUGUCAACAUCUCAGCAGCUUUCCGUCGCAAGCAGCCCCAGGAGGCCGCGGUGUGGCGUGUCCUCUCCCAGCAGCCACUGGACAAGCAGCAGCUGAAGACCCUCUUCAGGUCCUACUACUCGGUGCAGGUGACAGAGUGGCAGGCAUAUCCCCGCUACGAUGCUGCCAAGUCCCUCCCACCCAUCGUGCUCCACGAAAACCUCUUCUACCUCAGUGGUGUGGAGUGGGUGGCCAGCUCCAUGGAGAUGAUAGCGGUGGCGGCCAAAAACGUGGCCCUGCUGGCUUACAACCGCUGGCAUCAGGACCUGGAGAAAAUCGACCAGAAGGACUUGAUGCACAAGGUGAAGACUGAGCUGUGAUGCCCAGGGGAGAGGGUGGGCCAGGAGCUUCUGUGUGUAGUAGCCUGGGGGAGUAUUUAUUGCCUUGGGGACACCAGGGGGUUUGGGGCUAGGGGAGAAGGGACAGGCUGUAUCCCAGAUGCCUUGAGUGCACGUCGCCUUCAGGAAUACAGUCCCUGCCCAGUG